AUGUGUCUCACAAGUCUUCAUUUGUAGUUCAUCGCUCGAAGUAACAUGCGUGCUCGUAAUAAUGUACGUUUACAACAGCGUACAGGAUCUCGUAGCUUGAUUGGACACCUCUACUGUAUGAAGGCAAGGCAAGCAUACUGUGAGAGUACAGACAGAGAGAUGAGUCUACUUGAGCAAUUCAAGGUGUGCCAGACGAGCAGAAAUGGUUUGACUGGACAUUUUGCACAGAGUGUUAUUUCUGACAUGAAAGUGGAGCUGGCAAAACCAAAGAAAGAUGGUAUAGAAAAAACCCAGGAAGAAUGUCUGAAUUCAUUUUCCAAGGUACUACAAUGUCAUGGUAUAGCCAACAACACAUUCCUGCGUAAUGCUGGGUUCACAACUAAUUUGUCGAGGUCCAAGUCCAAGUCAAAGCCCAAGCGCAGGUUGAGGUCCAAGUCAUUGUCUUUUUAUGUUCUCGAGGAACUACUCAAAGAGGAACGAGCAAUAGUGGCUGCACAAAGAGUAGUCAUCCACCGUAUAACUGCAGGAUUAGAAGCAAGUCAAGCCCACCUGGGCAACAUCCUGAGAAACUGUGGGAGAUGCUGA